AUGUGGCUCCGAGAAGUUCGCAAAACAAGCCUUCGAAUGACUGCAAUAAAAGAAUACCCUUUCGAUCUCAGUGAUCUGAAUAACCAGACAGAAUCACGGCCAACAGUGGGAAACGUGACUAACACGUUACCCGUCUCAACCACCCCCGACGGAAAACGAAAAGUAUCCAUCAUGGCCAACGAAGGCAGCAAAGAUAGAGAAAAUCUACCAUCAGAAAGGUAA